AUGUCAUUUAAAUUUUUAAACACAUUUGAAGUACAACGGCACAUAAUGAAUUCAUCGGAGCGCAGUACAUUUCUACAGCAUGGUUUCAGCGAUAGCUCUGAAAAGGCUUAUGCCGCUGUAGUCUACAUCGUCUCCACUCAAGAACAUUCAGUACCUACGUUGCUAGCAGAAAAUUAUGAAAACUCUACAUUUAACAUUGAAGAAAGAACAGUGCAAUGCAGUAUGUCAUUAACGACCACGUCAAGCACUUCACCAAGUUUACAACUUAUGAAUCGUCAUUCUAAUCUAGAAAGGUAA